AUGAUCAAGUUGAGAAAUUGCACUCAAAUUUAUGGGAAAUUGAAUGGCAUACAUUUGAGGUUUGCUUCUAGUGUUCCUCGACAAAAACAGAUCAAAGACGACCCAAUAACAGACACUUUUGGCCGCCACCACACUUACCUAAGAAUAUCCUUAACAGAAAAAUGUAAUUUGAGAUGUCAAUAUUGUAUGCCAGAAGAAGGAGUGAAUCUAACAGCAAAAUCCAAUCUGCUAAGCACAGAAGAAAUUUUAAAAAUAGCUAACAUUUUUGUGAAAAAUGGAGUCAACAAAAUAAGGCUCACAGGAGGUGAACCAACAGUAAGGAAAGACCUAAUUCAAAUCAUUGAAAACCUAAAAUCAAUUCCUGGUUUGCAAACAGUUGCAAUGACGACAAAUGGACUAACCCUCACUAGACAACUUGUAGCAUUCCAAAAAGCAGGCUUGGACAUUUUGAAUGUGAGCUUGGACACUUUAAAUCCGGAAAAAUAUGAAAAAAUCACUAGAAGAAACGGUUGGAAACGGGCCAUGAUGGGUAUAGAUUUAGCCUUGCAAUUGGGCUAUAAUCCAGUCAAAAUAAAUUGCGUUGUAAUGAAGGGCAUUAACGAUUCAGAAGUAAUUGAUUUUGUGGAAUUGACUAAAAACAAAAAUGUGGAUGUACGUUUUAUUGAAUAUAUGCCAUUUUCUGGAAAUAAAUGGAACGAAAAUAAAAUGGUUUCUUACAAGGAAAUGGUUGAUAAUAUAAAAAGUAAUUAUACAGGAUUUUAUCCUAUGAUUAAUAAACCAAAUGAUACUUCAAAGGCUUGGAAAGUUCCUGGUUACAAAGGCCAAAUUGGUUUCAUAACUUCAAUGAGCGAACAUUUCUGUGGCUCUUGUAACAGAUUGCGACUGACUGCCGACGGAAAUUUGAAAGUUUGCCUGUUUGGUAACACUGAAGUGUCCCUAAGAGACGCUUUAAGGGCUCAAUGUUCAGAGGACGAUUUGACUGCUCUUAUUGGAGCUGCUGUUAAGAGAAAGAAGAAACAACAUGCUGACAUAUCAAAUUCCAAUAAUUGGCUGUGGAACGCAACAAAAUCUUGGCCUGAAUUGUCCCAUUUAUACGCUAAAACCCAAAAUUUUAAAAACACAAGAUUAUAUUAUUCAACUGAAGACCAACCCAGGAAUUAUUUGACUCACAUUGACACUAAAGGCAAAGCCUCCAUGGUUGACAUUAUCCAAAAACCUAUCACUGUGCGUACGGCAAAAGCUGUUGCAACAGUAAAAGUAGGCCCUCAAAUAUCAAAACUCAUAAGCGAAAAUAAUGUAAAAAAAGGUGACGUGCUAAGCAUUUCACAAAUAUCCGGAAUUUUAGGUGCUAAAAAAACUUCAGAAAUCAUCCCUCUAUGUCACAAUAUUUCUUUGACAAAAAUCAACGUAACUGCUGCUUUGGACAGAGAAAACGAACAAGUUAAAGUUUUCUCAGAAGUUCAAUGUGAAGGUAGGACAGGCGUUGAAAUGGAAGCUCUGACAGCUGUCAGUGUAGCUGCUCUGACAAUUUAUGACAUGUGCAAGAAUGUCAGCAGAGACAUAGUCAUAGCGGAUAUUUGUUUGCUGAGCAAAAGUGGUGGACGAAGUGGGGAUUUUGUUAAGGAAGAAGUUGAAGUGAGGGAAUAUGAUCAUAGGCCUAUAACCAGAUUAGCACCUUUUGUGGGACCAAUGUAA